AUGAGAGGACAAUCACAGCUGUUGAGAAACAAAUCCGACCACACUGCUAGAGAAGCGAUUCAUUUUCUGAUAGAUUCUGGAUUUACUGAAAACCAGCUUAAGAGCACCAUUCUUAAAAACCCACCCAUUCUUACGCUCACUGUGGAUAGGCAGUUGAAGCCCAAGAUGGAAUUCCUGAAAAUUUUUGGCUGGGCUCCUCAAGAUGUGCCAUCUGUUAUAGCUCGCAACCCCAGAUUGCUUUCCAUGAGCUUAGAAAACUCUCUCGCUUCUAGAAUCCCCCAUCUUAGAAGCCUAUUUGGCUCAAAGGACCAUCUGUGCAAGGCUCUCAAAAUAGCGCCUCAGCUUUUGCUAAGUGAUUUCAAGAAGCAGGUGAUACCUAAAGGGGAGUAA